AACAGACAAUAAUAUUUUUAUAUCAAAAAUCGGGCACGUUACCAAUAAUUCGUGUUGUAGAAGAUUCACGCUGCAACCCUGCACUCACUAGCAGUCCACUGGCUGACGUUUCUCACACUGCUUUUUGAAAGUAUUUUGACAGCCAACACAGAAAGCGCAGAAAGCAGAAUGUUUAAAUUUUAGUUGUCGCAUGCUUGCGGCAUCAGCUGGAUGACUAUAAAAUUUUCACUGUAAUUAAUUUUCUUUCACAAAAUAAUAAAUAAACCAUACCAGGAAUGAAUUUACUUCCCAAAACAACCACCGAUUUUGGUACAACCGAGUAUUGGAACAAUUUCUUCAAGAAGCGUGGUAAAAAAGCUUUCGAAUGGUACGGUGAAUAUCCGGAACUGUGUGGCCAACUGCACAAGUAUGUGAAACCGAAGGACGAAAUUCUGAUUGUUGGUUGUGGAAACUCUACCCUCAGCCAGGAUUUGUACGAUGUUGGGUUCAAACAAAUUACUAACAUCGACAUCUCCGAAGUUGUCAUUAAGCAGAUGCAGGAAGCAAACAGGCUGUCACGUCCGGAAAUGCUAUGGUACCACAUGGACGCCACUGCGAUGAACUUCUCCGAUAGCAAGUAUUCCGUUGUGUUGGAUAAAGGUACACUGGAUGCUUUGUUUACGGAUGAAUCGGAUGCCACGGUAACGACGGUUCGAAAGUACUUUUUUGAGAUAUCUCGUGUGCUACGUGUUGGAGGUCGUUACGUAUGCAUUUCCCUGCUACAGGAGCAUAUUUUAAGGGAGCUGUUAAGCUAUUUUCCUGAGAACGAAUUUGUGUUUCGGGUGAUACGCUGCCUUGAAGCCGAGCAGAAAACAGCCGACGGAAAUGGCGAUGGAUCAUCCAUGCCGGUUUUCGUGGUGGUAGCCACUAAGUUUAAAAAGUUGCCUCUCAAGGUGCUGGAACUUUGUAUGGCGGGGGAGGAGAUACAGCGCGUCCAGAAGCCGGAAGAAAUUACCCUUUCGAUAGUGGCUGCUCAAAAGGCGGCGAUGGUUUGCAAUGGGUUGGUGCGGGGCAGCAUAGCCGGGUUCAACGAGGUGUGCCUCGAUCUUCAUAAACCGGGUCAAAGCGACGCUCGAUUCACGAUACACGUGCUAGACCAGAAACCGGUACGCGGUAACGGUAAGUACGCCGCUUUCAUUGUUCCUCAAGGACGAGAGACGGAAUGGUUAUUUUCGACGCCCAAGGGGCGUCACAAAUUGCUGACAUCCGCCGGGCACGAUCGGUUGGCGAUUGUUUCCAUGCAUCGAGGCCAGAGCUAUGAUAGUUUGGAUGCCGUUAAGGAAGAGCUGAGUGAAAGUGUUAAAUCGCUCGCUCCGGCCGGACUGCGAGUACAGAUUCCCUAUCUUUCCCUGGGUUCAGAUGUAGGACAACGAGAGACAAUAUUCAGCGGCCACAGUGCGAUUUCGGGUGCUUACAUAGUGGAAGAAGUUCUAGGGAAUGAUAACCGACUUCUUCGACGGUUGGUUUUUCUCAAUAAUCAGUCUGUGGUUCAAUCGGAGGCAAUGGUCAAGGUGAAAAAGCAAAAGAGCAAACUGGAGAAGGUGAUCGAUCCUGGUUAUUUAGCGUGCCAGCAUCAUCUGUACAUGACAAUUGGUGUCCAUUUAGCGAUCAGCUUAGAUGCAGCCGCAGCUGCAAAAGAUGUGAUGAUUAUUGGACUUGGUGGAGGCGGUCUCUGUACAUUUAUUCGUCAGUGUCUUAAAAACAUAAAUUUAGUGGCAGUGGAAAUUGAUUCGGAGAUGCUGUCAGUGGCCACUCAAUACUUUGGUCUGACGCCAGACGACCGAUUGAAGGUGGAAAUCAAGGACGGAAUCGAUUAUUUGACAGAAUGCGCCCAAGGCGCUAGUAAACACUUCCGCGCCAUUUUGUUCGACGUGGAUAGCAAAGACUCCAGUCAGGGUAUGAGCUGUCCACCGGAGGCCUUUCUCGAGCAAGCCGUACUAGCAAACGUGAGCCAGCUUUUGAAGGGCACAGGCAUAUUCGUUCUGAAUUUAGUCUGCCGGGAUGAUUCCCUGCGCCAGCAGGUCGUGGAGAAAUUGAAACAAACCUUUAAGUACGUACUGUCCUACAAAUUAGAGGAAGAUGUGAACGAAAUUUUCUACUGCGCCGAUAGCGCGGCACUCGAUUGUGCCGAAAAGUGGCAAAGAGCAAUGAAACAAUCCGCGGAGGGCUUGAAUAGUUUGGCCAAAAAAGCCAAACUGAGUAGAGUGGACCUUGUCGAUUUGCCGGAGUUUAUGCAAGGGUUGAAACUCUGAAUAAAUAAUGACUACUUCUAAGGAAAGAUUCUUUUUACGUUCUACUAACGAAACUGCCUGAAAAAUUCGAAUGUUAGUAGCUAUUUACUUAUCGUCAAUAAUAUCGACUGCUAGGCGUACAUAAAAACGGGUUUUACUUAUUAUCAUACCUUCUUCAACACGUACUCGAAAUUCACACGAUAAUUUUGAAAUUGAUAACAAUUAUGCUAUGCGUUGCUUUACUUAGGGUUCACUAUGCUGAACAUUUUCGCCUCAUCAUAUGGGUUAAUAUUUCAGCUUACUGCAUGCAAUUUUAAAUCUACUUUUGCUGGAAAUUUCUACACAUGUUAAUUUGGGUAUUACUUUUUUUAUCUUCGUAACACAAAGCAUUGACAGCGAUCCAAUAUUUGUUGCUCUAAUUAACGGCCUGUGGACAGUUUCGUUUCAAGGAUACUCCAAGCAGAAGACCGAUUUUCACACUGAACAACACUGACUCUAAACCCUCUAAAAUUCCAUAAUUCUCCUAGCAGAUUGAGCAGGUGAGAUCAUGUUUUAUGUUUUUUUUUUUCGUUUAUCAAAUGGUUUUCAGAUUAUUUUAUCAGUUGGAUCUGUCUGCCUUGAAAAAAACGUUAACAUUGCCGCUACGCGAGAAAACCUUUUAGCACUUAUUUAACAUGCAAAUUCAAUGUUAGCCACUAAAUAUAUACACUAACUUCAAACUUCAAAUAACCUCUAUUGGUCAUGACAAUUUGUAUUUGAUAUUUUGACUAAGAAGAAAACGUUCUUUUUUAUAAUUUAUAAUUUACCAUCAAAAAUCGAUUAACAUAGAAAAUAUAAAUAAACAAUAAGAAACAAAUGCAUUAUUUUUACAACUAUUAUGAACAAGAACAAACAUAUUUCCCACACAUUCACAACAGUAAAGUACGAUGCGAAACAUUUACAAUAUAUCAAAAAUGCUGCUUUGAGCAUCCUUGACUCCAAACUUGCCCACAGCUAACUUUCAGUAGAAACAGUCACAGGAUUGAUUAGACAAUUCAAUUAGGUUCCAAUAUGUGUGUGUAAUAUGUGUGUGAAUAUAUAGGUACUUUCCUACACAACUAUUGUACGAAUAAAAUGAACAUUUUAUUGUGUAACCU